AAUCAUUCUCUCCAUGGUAUGGGAUUAUAAUAUACAUUAGUUAAUAGUUGCUUUUUUCCUAUCAUAAUUCGCGCAUAUCUCUAAGCAUCCAAAAAAAUCUUCAAUUCGGAAGUUUUUGGAACACAUUGUGCUCGAUUCUAUGGUAAAUUAAGUUGUGAAAUAUAGGCAUUCUCUUGCUAGUAAUAACUGCAUGUAAAUCAGAAAUGGAAAAACGAAAAAAAAGAAAAGAAAGAGAGUCCAGAGAAAAUCAGUUAAGAUGUGUUCGUAAAUGCUUCGUAGAAUCUUUUGACACACAGAAGGAAAGACAACACAGCAAAGAAAUGAAGAGGAAGGCUGAAGAUAUGAAAGCAAAUAUAAACUCUCUUCGGAACGAGAGAAUGGAGCUCGAUCGGAGGCUCCUUGAGAUGCAGUCUAUAAUUGAUUCUUUUAAAGAUGAACAGAAGACGAUAGAGUCAGCGUUGGAGGAGAAACGGAACGAGAUCAAAAUGCCGAGAGAGAAAAAUACAGAAAUGGGAAAUGAGAAUCUUCAGGAAGUUUGUACCCGAAGGAAAAGACCACUCAAUCCGAGGGAUGAAGCUGGGGGCCAAAUACAUGAAGCCACUGGUUCGAUGGAUGGUAUGAGCUCGGCCAAAGGUGAAGUUGGAAAUGAGCAAAAAUCUACUGAAUUAAAAGAGGAACAGAGCAGUGAAAGGGUUUAAGGGAAUGAGAGAAAGGUUGGUAAUGGUGCUAGAAUGUAAAUGGACGGAGGGAAGCUGCAGAAGCAGGAAAAUUUGCAAGAAAACUUUAGAAGUGGU